AUCCGGGAAAUUGUUGACAACGUCAUUGCGACAUUUCAUGGAAUUUUCCUCGGAGGUUUUUGGCCAAAGGUGCUGUAGAAUAAAAACAAUCAGCAAAAUAGUCUCACUUGCUUAUUCUAAUUAGCUGGAAUAUGUGAAGAUAUUGUGUGCAAAAGCUGCAAUUGUGUGUAAAUACCAAGGAGAGGUGAAAAGGAGUGGUGUGUAGAAAAUUAUGGCCAAUGAUUCGCCGGUUGAUAGGAAUUCCAACAUGAAAAAUGAGAAACAAUUCAUUUGUGGGGUUGUUGAAGGAUUCUAUGGGCGUCCAUGGACAACGGAGCAGAGGAAGGAUCUCUUUGCCAAGCUGAAGAAAUGGGGUAUGAACUCGUAUGUGUAUGCCCCAAAGGAUGACUACAAGCAUAGGGCGUAUUGGAGGGAAUUGUAUACGGUGGAAGAGGCUGAUCAUUUGACUAGCCUCAUAGCAGCUGCCAAGGAGCAUGAAAUUAAUUUCUACUAUGCAUUGUCUCCGGGCCUGGACAUGACCUACAGCAAUGCCAAGGAGACGGCGACACUCAAGAGGAAACUGGAGCAGGUAUCUCAGUUUGGAUGUGAAGCAUUUGCCCUUCUGUUUGAUGAUAUCGAGCCGGAAAUGACAAAAGCCGAUAAGGAGAUGUUUCAGAGUUUUGCUCAUGCCCAAGUUUCUGUCACCAAUGAGAUUUUUAAUCAUCUCAAUUGUCCUAGGUUCCUCUUUUGUCCCACCCAGUACUGUAGCUCCAGGGCAGUGCCCUGUGUCACGAGAUCUGAGUAUUUGAACACGGUGGGCAGUAAAUUGGCGCAGGAUAUUGAGAUUCUGUGGACAGGUCCAAGGGUAGUGUCAAAAUUUCUCACAGUUGAGGGCAUACAGGAGAUCACGGAAGUGCUACGGAGACCACCGGUCAUCUGGGACAAUCUCCAUGCCAAUGACUACUGCAGCAAACGCCUCUUCCUUGGACCGUAUUCCGGGAGAUCUCCCAAGUUGAUUCCCUUGCUGAAGGGUGUCCUAACUAAUCCCAAUUGUGAAUUUCAUGCCAACACCGUGGCCAUUCAUACUCUUGCUCACUGGUCUAAGUGUACAACUGAGGCCAAUAUUGACAAUGCAAUAUCAGCGGACAUCAAAUUAGAGACUGAAGGUGAUCAGGGUGGUUUUGGGGAGGAAAUGACACCGAAUUGCCUGCCCAAGAACAUUUACCAUCCGCGUGAGGCACUCAGGAAUGCCAUACGUGAUUGGCUGCCGGAAUUUCAAUUGGUGAAAGAGGCCUGGGGUCCAAUCACCAAACCCCAUCCACCCGUAACAAUGGUCAUGCCCAUCAUCCCAAUCAUCCCGUCGGUGAACACGUGCAUGAGUCUGACCACUCCCACCACGGCUACGGUCACGUGUACGCAGUCAAUGAAGGUGCCGGAGGUGAAUACGACUCAGCUGCAGGCAUUGGCGGAAGUCUGUAGCACAGUCACGGGCUCAGAGACAAUUCAGCCUCUGCCCAAUGUCGUCAUGAAUUCUCUGGUGUCAGCCAAGAAGAUUGUCACCAAUGAGACCAUCCCCAAUCCGAUUGUAUCGAAUUUAUCAAUCCCAGAGAAGAUUCCCGUGCCCUGCAUCCCGGCGCCCGUCAUGAACAUCAAGGAGAACCCAGGUAGGGCAAAAUACUCUGUGGUCGAGGACAAGGAGCUCGAUUCGAAAGUGCAGAUCAAUGAGCCAAUCGAAGAGGACAUCACUGAAAAGGACGAACUGACUGAUAAAGUUGACUCUGUGGCUGAUGGUAAGAUCCCUUCGGCGCCUGGUGCAUCAGAGACUGAGGCCGGAACUGAAGUGAUGGCCAUUGCCGAUGAGAAUCCCUCACCGCACAGCACAACGGAACCAAUGGAAUGUGGCAGUAGCGUCUUGUCUUCAUCGCCGAAGCAGAAGAGUUCCUCGGAGGACGUUGUGAUGUCUGAGAGUGUCUCGACGAGUUCCGGAAGUAUGCACGUAGAGACGUCGGAUGGAUCCCUCAACUCGAAUACCGACAUUGGUGAGGAUGUGUCCAAAGAGCUGACUAAUGAGGAUCUGAGCCUUCUCUGUGAUCUGUUCUACUUGCCAUUUGAGCACGGAAGCAAAGGUCUCGUGAUACUCAAUGAGUUCCAUUGGUUAAAGAGUAACUCUAGCGUACUUCUGGGUGCCCCCAAGAAGCCACCUCCGGACGCCAAUUUGAAACCUGAAGUGCAGGAAUGGAUGCAACGGAGUGAGAAAUUUGGUCUGCUGUGUCACUCAAUUCUGGUGCUGGCCAAGAAAUUCAGUGUCUGUGUCAAUAAGGAGAUUGUCUAUGAUCUGUAUUCGUACGUGUGGGACAUUGCGGGGAUUGUGGCGCUUCUCAAUGCCUUCGUCAAAUGGCUGGCUCUCGCCCAUUUUCCGUCCAAUAUCAAUUCGUACACACAAGGCAGCUAUACGUGGUUCAGUAAAGGCUGGAAGGAUACGUUUAUGUCCGGUGAACAGGAGCCGUGGGUAUUUAGAGGUGGACUUACUGCCGAUCUUCAGAGGCUCCUUCCGGUGGAUUCGGGCAAUGAUUUGUUCCUGUACAAACUCCCUGACGCUCCUUCAUCCAAUUUCUGCACCGUUCGUCCCUAUGUGUACACGGAUGAGGAGGCAGUGUAUUCCAUCUGCCACAAGACCUGCCGCGAUGGCUCAGACUGCUCAGACCUCUUCCCGGAGCACUUGCAGGGCAUCCCGGCGGAUCGUUUAGUGGGCCCCUUCAUCACCAUCAAUCCGGAAUUUUGUAUGGUGAUGGAGUAUGGCUCAGUGGGAAUGAUUGGGUACAUCUGCGGUGCUUUGGAUGCCAAGGUGUUCUACAAGAAUCAGCAGAUGUGCUGGCUGCCAGCAAUGUCGCUCAAAUAUAAAAUCGAACUGCUAGAUUCACCGGAUUUGACACCAACGGCCAAGGAUUCCAUCAAUCACUUCCACAAUUUCAAGUACGACUGCCCACAAGAUGUCCUCAGCACCUAUCCAUCGAUAAUGACGUGCUGUGUGCUGAAGGAGCAACUUACGCAGGAUCCUUCGGUGGCCAAGAGGCUCGUGACAGUUCUCCUGGCGGCAUUCCGGUCAAAUGGCUCCUUUGGGGUUCAUGUCUGCAUCAAUCGCACAGAUCGCUACAUGCAUCAGUUCUACACAAAAUUGGGCUUCUCUGAGAUCCUCCAGGACAACAUGCGCAUCUAUCUGGGCAGGAAUUUCUAACAACCACGCAGCAUUUAUCCUCCUCUCCCAUUUUUAUUCUCAUUAAAAUUAUCUAUAUACUCUCUUUUAAUUUUUAGCCCAUUUCUCUUGAGCAUUUUACUCCUCAGUCAUUUCUUUUUUUAAAAAAAGUCAAUUUCUUUGCAUUGUGAUCUUACAUUUUUUUGAGAAAAAUUAACAAAUUAAAAUCACUGAACAUUGCUACAUGUUCUAGUCA